UCAACAGUCUCCCCUCUGCAACCCCUCACUUGGAAGUUAUUCUCUUACACAUUGCCAUCGACAACAGAACCGAUCUGUCUUUGAAAAUGGGAGGUCACCUGGUGACGGUUGCGACCUGCAGUCUGAACCAAUGGGUUCUGGAUUGGGAGGGAAACCUCCAACGCAUUGUUGAGAGUAUUCAUCUCGCCAAGAAGGCUGGUGCAAGACUUCGUGUUGGUCCUGAGUUGGAGAUUUGCGGUUACUCCGGUUUGGAUCACUUCCACGAGCUCGAUGUCUACACUCACAGUUUGGAGAUGCUCCGCAAGCUCUUGGAGGAUGAGAGCUGCCAUGACAUCCUUAUCGACGUCGGUUUGCCUAUCCUUCACCGAAAUAUUAGAUAUAACGCCCGAGCAAUCUUGCUCAACGGAAAGAUCCUUUUGAUCAGACCCAAGAUGUGGCUUGCAAACGACGGAAACUACAGAGAGAUGAGACACUUCACCCCGUGGAUGCGUCCCAGAGAAACCGAGCUGUUCCAUCUUCCCAAGAUCCUCCAGGAAAUCCAGGGCGAGACCCACGUUCUCUUCGGCGAUGCUGUCAUCUCAACCCCCGAAACAGCUUUCGGAGCAGAGACUUGCGAAGAGCUCUUCACCCCCAAGGCCCCGCACAUCGACAUGGCCCUUGACGGUGUUGAGAUCAUCACCAACAGCAGUGGCUCUCAUUUCACCCUGCAAAAGCUCGACGUUCGCCUCAAGCUUAUAUUGGAGGCAACUCGCAAGUCGGGCGGUGUCUACCUCUAUUCCAACCAACAAGGUUGUGACGGUGAACGCCUCUACUUUGACGGCUGCGCCAUGAUCAUUGUCAACGGUGAAAUCGUUGCCCAGGGCUCGCAGUUCAGUCUUAACGAUGUCGAGGUCGUUACUGCCACUGUCGAUCUGGAAGAAGUCAGAGCGUACAGGUCUUCGAUCUCGCGUGGCUUGCAGGCGGCUACUUCGAAUGCCAAGUACCAGAGGAUCCAGACCUCGUUCGAGUUCAGCCCUGAGGAUGAGGAUACCGACAUUUGGAAGAAGCCCACUCUUCCCAGGCCGCCGAGGUACCACUCGGUAGAGGAGGAGAUUGCCCUGUGUGGUGGCUGCUAUCUCUGGGAUUACCUCCGAAGGUCUGGCACAGCCGGUUACUUGGUUCCCCUGAGCGGAGGCAUUGAUUCUUGUGCCACGGCUACCCUUGUCUUCUCCAUGUGCCGCAUCGUUAUCCAAGCCAUUGAAGACGGCAACCAACAAGUCAUUGAGGAUGUCAGGCGCAUCUGUAAGUAUGGCAAGGAAGGUGAACUUCCAAAGACGCCCCAGGAGCUCUGCAACCAGGUCUUCACUACCAUUUACAUGGGCAUGAGCAAGCAAAGCUCUUCCGAGACCCGCGGACGUGCUAAGGCGCUUGCCGACGCCAUUGGUAGCUACCAUGUUAACCUCGACAUUGACGACGUGUAUGAGGCUCAGAAGAAGCUUAUCGUCCAGACAACGAAUUUUGAGCCUAAGUUCAAGGUCCAUGGCGGUACAGUCCAGGAGAACUUGACGCUGCAGUGCUUGCAGGCUCGCAUCAGGAUGGUUACUGCCUAUGAAUUUGGUCAGAUUCUCCCCACUGCCCGCGGCAGGCCCGGUGGCGGAAGUCUUUUGGUGCUCGGCAGUGCCAAUGUCGGCGAGAGUCUUCGUGGUUACUUGACCAAGUAUGACUGCUCUAGUGCCGAUAUCAACCCAAUUGGGUCGAUUGACAAGGCAGACUUGAAGCGCUUCAUUGCCUGGGCCGAGAAGAAGUUUGAUCUUCCCUGCCUCCACGGUUUCCUGACGGCUGUUCCUACUGCUGAGCUGGAGCCCAUCACCCAAGAAUACGUCCAAAGCGACGAGGCCGACAUGGGAAUGACAUACGCCGAGCUAACAGUCUUCGGCCGCCUUCGGAAGCUGAACAAGCUUGGUCCCUAUGCCAUGUUCCAGCGUCUUGUCCACGAUUGGAGUGCCGACCGUGAGAAGGUCGAGGGUGACGAGGCGCCUUUCUAUACUCCCAGACAGGUUGCCGAGAAGGUCAAGAGGUUCUUCCACUUCUAUGCCAUCAACAGGCACAAGAUGACUACCUUGACUCCUGCUUUGCAUUGCAAUGAUUACUCACCGGAUGACAACAGAUUUGAUCUCAGGCCGUUCUUGUAUCCCCCCUUCUGGAAGAGCUGGAGCUUCAAGAGGAUCGAUAUGGAGCUUGAGAAGAUCGAGAAGAGGAGGGAAGAGCGUGCGGGUAAGGGCAAGGAGACUGAAAUCGACUGAAAUGCACAGUAGUGUUCAAGUGAGUUCAAGAAGAACCAAAAAAAGAUUAUCGACGAUUGGUUCGAACUCACCACCUCUCUCCAAACAAGAGAGGAAAAGAGCAAAAAAACAACAACCGCUCGUUCAGAGCAUCGGUGAACCGUUUGAUUUCUUGUGUCGACUGGAGUGUUCCCAGAUACCAUAUAGGUAGACCGGCUACUAGGUAGUGAAGACCCCUCUACGUGUCUUAG